AUGGGAAAAAUCAAGCGCUCUUACGUUGUUGAGCAGAGCCUUCAAACACGCUGGGGCGGAGGACAGAUCGUAAAGAUCAGCUCAACCCAUUUUGCUACAAUUAACAAUUUAGAAGUUUAUAUAAUUGAUUCAACUUCAGGAAAUACAGCGUACAAACUCGAGCCAAAUGAUGAAUCUGACGAUAGAGUUGUUGAUGUUGCCGUUGACACACUCCUUCGCUUUGCAAUUACAUCUCACGAAUCUAUGUUACUUAAAUUUUGGACAAAUUCAAACGACAAGUGGACAGUUUACAAGCAAUGGAAGUUCCCUGGCAACAAUGCACCGUCAUUAAUCAUUGAUCCUACAGCAAGAGGCUUCGCUGCAAUCACAACUAACGGAGGAUGUUACUUCUAUUCCGUUCAAACACAAAAACAGAUCGGUAAAGCCAAUAUUGUAAACGGCCAGAUUACUUCCAAAGCAUAUGAUACAACCGGUCAACUUUGGAUUGGCACAAACUUAGGUAAGCUUUCAAUUGUCGAUCCAAAAACACUUAAAACAAAGACAUUAACAGAUCCACAAACCUCACAUACUAACAGAGUUACAGGAAUUGCCGAUGUUGGCGAUUAUAUUUUUACAGCAUCACUUGAUGAAGUUAUUCUCGUUUUCAACAGAGAAGUCGAACUUCAGAAGACAGUUCCAGUCCAAUACCCAAUCCAUUUCAUGGUUGGCGAUCCAAAGAAUUCUUUAUCUUGUUAUUGCGCCACAUCUGAUGGAAUUAAGCGUGUUUGGCUUGAUGAUAGAUCACAUAUUAAGAAGUUAAACACUACAGUAGCCACCCAUUUAGUUUAUUUCGAAACAUUAUUUUCAUGUGAUGAAAAUGGAAUUUUAGCAACCGUUGAUCUCCAAGAUGGUGUAGAACCACAUGCUAUUCCAUUAUCCCUCCAUUCCGUGUACGAUGCCACUUACGAUGCCAAAACAGAAACUUCAUCUUUGGCAACUUCGUCAUUCCACAUAAUUGUCACCCAGAAAAACAACACGCAUCUUCUCACAGGCCAUACAAACAUUCCUCUGUGUGUUGCUUCCAUGGACGGACUUCUAAUUACAGGUGCAAAAGAUAAUACAGCAAGAAUUUGGUCGUUGGAGACAUUUUCUUUACUUUCAACAUUGGAAGGCCACAGUGAAGCAGUCACAGCAGUUGCUUUUGUCCCAGGAACAUCAAACGUUGUUACAGCGUCAGCAGAUCACACAGUAAAAAUGUGGAGACCAGGAGAUGGCGAAGAAAUCUGCAGAAGCGCUCUUUGUAACGUCGUAGCCCAUACAAAGGACAUAAAUGCAAUUGAUGUUAGUUCAAAUGGUUCAAUGUUGGCAACAGCAAGUCGUGACAAAACAUGCAAACUUUAUAAAAUAGAAGGCGACAAUUUGAAGUUGAUGAGAACAUUAGUUGGCCAUACAGGUGCAUUGUGGACAGUUGCUUUCAGUCCUGUUGAUAAGAUUGUUGCAACAGGAUCAAGAGAUAACACUGUAAAGAUCUGGAAUAUCGAAGAUGGCGCUUGUUUAUCAACAUUCACGGAAUUCACUGCUUCUAUUUUGCGUUUGAGAUUUGCAACAAGCGGAUUGCAAAUCAUUGCCGCUGAAGGUGAUGGCAUCUUCAAGGCUUUGAGAACUAAAACAGGAGCAAUUGAUUUCACGUCACCUCAAAUGCACAGUGAUUCUGUCUGGGCUUUGGCUGUUUCUAACGAUGGAGAACAUGUUUUAACCGGUUCUGAAGACGGAUCAAUGGUUUUGUGGAGAGAUAACACAGAACAACUCGAAGCAGAAGAACUCCAACACAAGGCUGAAGUAUCUGAAGCUGAACAGGAACUUCAAAACGCUCUAAGAAACGGUGAAUACGUAAAAGCUCUCAGAAUUGCUUUGAAAUUGAGAAUGCCGGCCAAAUUAAGAUCUAUCGUCAGAAUGGCGACAGAGAAAGGAGAAGGAGAAGCGUUAGUAGAGUAUUUCAAAGGUGUUGAGGAUGUUGAUGAUUACGAGCAAUGGCUUGAAUACAUUGCAAAAUGGUCAACAAAUGGAAGAUGGGCUGAUGAUGCUACAGCUUCUUUGAGCGCAAUUUUGAAGGUGAAACCAAUGAAAUUCUUCGUCGAGAACAGGAAGAAACUCGCAGAGAAUAUAGAUGGUAUCAUUCCUUACUUGGAAAGACACAUGGCCAGACUUGAAAAACUGCACACACAGACUUAUAUGAUAGAUCAUAUCUUAGAUUCAACAACUUUAGAGUAA